AUGUCCAGUCGCCAACAGAUCGAUUCCGUCAUCGACGACGAUGAUGAGUUCUGCCCCCUUUGUAUCGAAGAGUUCGAUCUUUCAGACAAGAACUUUAGACCUUGUCCCUGUGGAUAUCAGAUUUGCCAAUUCUGCUACAACAAUAUCAAAACCCACAGCGAAGAGGGUCGAUGCCCGAACUGUCGCCGUCCCUACGACGACAGCACGAUUCAAUACAAAAUUCCCGAUGCAGAGGAAUUCAAGGCAGACUUGGCACUGAAACACCGCAAGGCAGCGGCAGCUAAGAAGAAGGAAGCCGAAAAGCGCGAAAUUGAAGCUUCCAGCCGCAAAAAUUUGGCAGGUGUUCGUGUAGUCCAGAAGAAUCUGGUCUAUGUUAUCGGCCUUAACCCGACGAUCCGCGACGAGAACCAACUUCUCCUGACUCUUCGUGGGAAGGAGUAUUUCGGACAAUAUGGCGAUAUCGAGAAGAUCGUGGUCAGCAAGGCUAAGCCUGGUGGCAAUCCCCACCAGGGCAUUGGUGUUUAUGUCACGUUCUCCCGCAAGGCUGAUGCUGCAACGUGCAUUAAUGCUGUAGAUGGCUCCGCGAAUGGCGACCGGGUGCUGCGGGCCCAAUACGGAACGACCAAGUAUUGCUCGUCUUUCCUUCGCAAUGAGCAGUGUAACAACCGCAACUGCACGUUCUUGCACGAGACCGGAGAGGACAGUGAGAGUUACAGCCGCUCGGAUCUCUCUUCCAUGAAUACCUUGUCCAGCCAGCGUCAAAACAAUCCUCAAAUCCCCCCGCAAGCUCGACCCGUCCAGCCGAUAUCUCAUCCAAUGCGCCGCCAACCGUCUAAGGAUGACUCGAUCAGUGGACGCCAAUCUAUUCCGGAUGGGCCUGCGCUCCCCUCAUCGGCAAGCUGGGCGAAUAGGGAUGCUUCCAUUAAGGCUAGGCGACCCAGUUUGACUGGAAGUCAAGCCUCUCAGAGCCCUCGCCCCGCCAGUGUAAAUGUUGCAAUUGGAGCCGACGAGUCUAGGCGCGCAGAAAAGCAGUCACCUAUAGCCCAGGAAGCUCAGCGGACAUCUUCCCAAUCCGAUACUAGAUCUCCGUUGACCCAGAUCAGACCUCGCGAACCCAAGCCCGAGCCGGCCUCUCCGUUUGACAACCUUAUCAAGGAGCUCAUGUCACCCGAAUUCCGAUUUAUUUUCUCAGCAUCCGAGCUUCCCUCAGAUGACCUCAAAGCAAUCCAGAAUUAUCCGUCAUUCAUCGAUCCAUAUGGUGGCGUCAAGCGCCGAGCGAUGCGCGAGAAGGCAGAACAGGACCGGCUCAAGCGUGAGCAGGAGCUUCUUCAGUCCGCUAAUAUGGAAGAGGAAAGCAGGGAAGCUGGCAGCUUGCAACUUGGUGGAGAGCCAGAGGAAGGCAGCCAACCUCGCGGCCGUCCGACCCGCGAAUCACACGGUGCCAUUCAACCCCCUUCUCAACAAGACACGGCGGAUAACUCAACCGUUGGCUCUCCAGUCUCCGCCACUAGCCACCAAUUCCAAGGCCUGAACUUAGCGGGCCGCAGCUUGACCCCCCUUCAGCAGCAGCAAUUGAUGCUCCUCAAAUCCGCUGGCAACCAGCAAGCUGGAUUGUCGGACCCAUUAAGCUCAGCUGCUUUGGACCAAGCCGCACAGGUGCGUCAAGGUCUUUUGCAAAGCCAAAUGGCGCAAUUCAAUGCGCUCCAGGCCCAAAGCCGCCAGGGUCCCCGGUUCUCUUUCGCAAACGAAGUCGGUUCUAAGAAUAUGACCAACGCCCGUAUGCUUAGCCAGAUGCAGUCUGGUACCCCGAAUCCGCUCUCUGCUCCCAGCCCCCAGCAUGGUCUUGGCGGUGGCUUCUACGCAAGUGGUGCCCAGGGUCCCCCUCCCGGUUUGAAGACUGCUGGAACUCCUCCCAUCAGCGGCGGUGGAAUGUUCGCCCAGGGCCAUGGCUUCACUUCAAACAACAAUGUCGGACUGGGUUCUACUAUGGGCAAACAGGAUGCGACUCCCGAAUUGAUGCGUGAAUUACUACGUGGCCGAAGCGGUACGAAUGUCGGCAGUGUACAGGGCCAAGAGACCGCAAAGCGUGAGUUCAUGUUCCCUUUCCUUCAACAGCACCAAACCCCACCUCCCCUGACUCCCGUCAAUGGCCUUCUCAGCUCUUUCUAUGGGCCCCAGGCAGGCUCAGCGCCUGACUCUGGCGGCUCACAGAAGCAGAAGAAGAAGGGGAAGAAGCAGAGACACGCUAACACUUCCUCCGGUGGAGGCGGUGUAGUAGAUCUUGCGGACCCGAGCAUUUUGCAGGCGAGGAUGCACCAGGUUGGUGCCAAUGCUACUGCUGGGCAGGCGUUGUACGGGAGCCAGGGCCAAGGUGGGUACAAUCCCUCAAUGAUGUACAGCGGUGGUGGAUUCAACCGCUGGUGA